CCGUUCAAGAUGGCUAUGAACACAAGAAUAUAUUAAAAACCUCGACGAUUUUUGGCAUAUUUUGGCCAGUUCCGACUGUUAAAACAUUUUCCAUUACUCUUCGGCACAUUUGGUAAAUGAAAAAUGACGGCUGGCACUAGUUUGGUCGUACCCAUAGUGCUAUGGGGCCGUGUGGCCCCGACUCACUGCAUCUCGUGUAUCUAUCUUUCACGAGAUCAAAAAACACUGGUGACUGGCUGUUACGAUGGUCAAAUAUGCCUGUGGCAAGUGGAACCAGAAACAUUGAAGAUGACUCCCAGAUGCCUGCUCGUGGGACAUACAGCUCCCAUACUGUGUCUGAGUCGAGCAAGCGUUAUUAUGGAACAAAAUUACAUUGUCAGUAGCAGCGAAAGUGGCGAGAUGUGCACUUGGGAUUUGGUCGAUGGAAAAUGCCGUGAAGCCGUCAAACUCAACAACAUUCACACGCAGAUGUUACCCUAUGUUUCUGCUGGUGGCGAAGACGUUAAACUUUUCUGUUCAGGGUACUAUCCGGAGGUUUUGGUGAUGGAUCCAUUCAGUUUGGAAGUUUUGUUCACACUGAGCUCUCGAGUAAAUCCAGACUGGAUCAGUGCUCUGCACGUUCUGCGACCGGCCAAACGGAAAGGUCGGUUCUACGUUGUCACAGAAGACACAAAUGAUGUCGUACUGGCCCUCACGACUACCGGAACCGUUAAAGUUUGGACACUCUUGGGUCACGAAAAUCGAAAUAGCGAGCCGUUAUAUGAGCAUGAAAGUAAACAAAUUCGAUGUUUAAAUGCUCUCGCUAUGACGUGCUGUCCAUACAAUCAGCGAACAGUUCUGAUUGUGUGUUCAAAAUAUUGGCAGAUUUUUGAUGCUGGAGAUUUCUCAGUUUUGUGUUCUGUGGCUGCACCUCGUGGAGAACGAUGGAUGGCUGGAGACUUCCUUGCGGCAGACAGAGUAAUCCUGUGGAGUGACGAGGGUCAUGGUUAUCUUUACAAGUUACCCGCCAACAAGCUGAAGGGCAAGGCUCUCAGCAGGGUGGCCACCCACUUGGGAGUACCGGGAAAAUGCCGGCAGAAUUGUAAGAAAGUCGGGAGAAAGUCUGGAGAACUUGGAGAAAGCCGGGACAACUGGUUGAAAGUCGAGAGAGCUGGUAAAGAGUCGGGAGAACUACAGUCGAGAGAACUGAUAGAGAGUCGGGUGGACUUGGGUAAAGCCGGGAGAACUGGUAGAAAGUCGGGAGAAGUGGUAGAGAUUCGAGAGAACUGGAAGAAAGUGGGUAGAACUUGCACCAGUGAGAGAGACCGGAGAAAUGGGAGAAGGCCGGGAGAACUAGGAGGAAGCUGUCUUGAGGGAGUAACUUGUACCUCGAAAGAAUCGGGAGAACUGUCCGGAGAACUGCAGACCGACAGAACAGGGAGAAAACCGGGUGAAACUUGCAUCGGGAGAAAACCGGGAAAACUGGUAGAAAGUCGGAAGAACUGGGCGAAUCUUGCAUCUUCAGGGAGUUCGCCACUUUCGUGUCCACCUGCAAUGCGCCUGGUGACAGUGCAACGUCAAAAUAAGAGUUCGAAGUACUUAUUGCGAGGCGAUAGUGAAGGCGUCGUGAUAUUGUGGACGGUGCCGGAUGCCUUACCGGCCCAAAUUCCGCAGACAAAUCCAUUUAGCGAGACGACAACUCCCGUUUUGUCGCCAACUGUGAAGACAAGUCUCGCAGCGGCCUGGGAAGCAAUGAAGCCCUCGCCGGUGGGAAUAUUGGACCAGUUGGACAUGAACGAUGGACACGGGAUCAAGCUCACUGCCAGCAUAUAUUUGCCACAGCAGAGUCGGCUGGUUGUGGGUCGCGAAGACGGUAGCAUUAUUAUAGUGCCGGCAACCCAAACUGUCAUGCUGCAAUUGCUUCAUGGGAACCAUCAGCACUAUGAAGACUGGCCGCCCCACCAGGUUCUUUUGGGCCAUUCGGGCAGGGUGAAUUGUCUUUUGUACCCACAAGGUGCAGCGAGUCGCUACGACCGGGCACAUUUAGUUUCCGGUUCUGUUGACUUUGCCGUCUGUUUGUGGGACUUGUAUUCUGGCACUUUAAUUCACCGCUUCUGUGUUCAUGCUGGAGAAAUUACACAAUUGAUGGUACCACCAGACAAUUGCAGUCCCAGGAUACAAAAGUGUGUUUGCAGUGUGGCAUCCGAUCACAGUGUAACUUUACUAUCUUUAGCGGAAAGAAAAUGUGUAGUUCUUGCAUCUCGCCAUCUAUUUCCGGUGGUCACCAUCAAGUGGAGACCUCUGGAUGAUUUUAUGAUAGUCGGCUGCUCCGAUGGAGCUGUCUACGUCUGGCAAAUGGAAACGGGACAUUUGGAUCGUGUUCUUCAUGGUAUUAUCGCGGAAGAAGUGUUGUAUGCUUGCGAUGAAAAUACAAUGGGAACAAUUGGAGGUGCCGGAACGGGGGGCGAAUUGGGUCUAGCAAAUCCAGCCGUCCACUUCUUCAGAGGUCUGAGACACAGAAAUCUCUCUGCCAUUCGGCAUGCCACACAACGAGGACUGCACCAGUUGCAGCAACUUCACGGCGGAAACGGAAACGACCAUGGCAAUCAAAUCAAGGCGAAAGGCGCACCAUUGAUGAUCCAGGGCUUCAGGAGCAAUCCAAAGGAUCCCGAGAGUCAUAUUCUGUUCUUCGAUAUCGAAGGACUCAUAGUACAAUUAUUGAGUGAUGAGUAUGGCGCUAUGACACCUGGAUCCCUGGAAGCGCAGGGUUUAAUUUCAGCUUCGGAAUAUCAGAAAGUAACUGCAUUGACUCGCUCGGCAAGUCCUGAUGCGCAUAAAAAAAUUGCAGACUUUUUCGGUCGCGUCAAGGAUAAGGCUGGAGACGUGGAGCGAAUCCUCAAGGAAAAGGAUCGUCAUGGUAUUUUGGCUAAGAUGAAGGAGGGUGCAGAAAAUGUGCACACUAAAUUGCAAGCGAAGGCAGAAAGUGUUGGUCUGAAGCCGUCGACUCUUGACGGCAAAGGUGACGGUUGGAGUAAUGAUACUCCUAAAAAUUCGUUGAAAAGAAAUGGUGCCUUUGGCGAACCCAAUGCUACAAUGGAAAUUGCUCAAUUACUUUUGAGUCUUCUUCAUGCCUGGGGAAUGGAUCCGGACCUUGAUCGUGUUUGUGAAGGGAAAUUGGGCUUAUUGAUGCCUAAAGUUCCGGUUUCAUUUGGCGUUCUCUCGAAAGGAGGAUACAUGUCUUUCUUGUUGCCGACUUGUCAAAGUCAGCUGGAGCCAACGGAAGCGCCGGCAACUCAAAUUGAGCAGCGACUGCCGCCCGAAGUUGUUAAAUUGGAAAGGCUGACAAGGGCUUUCACUUCAAGAGCUCACUGGGAAUUGUCGACGACAUUGACCAGUAAUCACUUGUUGGCAGUUGUCGCCUUAGCCUACACUCUCAUGUCGAUGAAUAACGCGACUUUUGUCCUGGAACAGGAACAAAAACGUAAAAUGCACAGGCCUUGCAAUAGAGUGACUGUAAAUUGGAACAAAGCUGAGGAAGAGAACGAAGAUUUGUACACAAAUACUCAAGCUCAAAUUAAACAAGGAUGGUCCUUGUUGGCAACAUUGCACUGCGUACUAUUGCCAGAUAAGGUGGCUAUUCAAGGAGGAGCAAAAACCUUUAAACGGCCUCAAGUUGAAAUGAUGGCUCGCAGGUGGCAGCACCAGUGUAUAGAGAAAAAAAAAAGAAAAAACUGGAAUAAUUUUCGGGUUUCGGUUGACAUGAGUGAGUUUGAUUGUUUGCUCAUUGUAGAAAUGAGUAUGACGAGAAAGCCGUCGAGUGUGGCCGAACUGAAACGAAAACAGACGACGGCAGUGGUGCUGUUGGGUGUGAUUGGUGCUGAAUUCGGACAGGAUGUGGCAACAGCCAAUCAGAGAAAGGGUAACAACAGCAGCGAGCAGCAGAGACGAAGGAGUUCGGUCGUCGAGGGCUUUGGAAUUGGAAACAAUAAUCUCGCGAGGCACACGAGCAUGGCGCUGACCCACUUGUUGCAUGCUCCCCAUUCGCCGAAAUUGCCGCUCCACACCGCCCUGCGCCGUGCCGCUAUUGAUCUGAUAGGUCGAGGAUUUACGGUCUGGGAGCCUUAUCUCGACGUUUCCAAGGUUCUGCUAGGUCUCCUCGAAAUGUGUUGCGAUGCGGAUAAAUUAGUGCCUAACAUGACUUACGGCCUGCCUUUAACACCGCAAGCCGACUCCUGUCGAACAGCUCGUCGAGCCCUGGUUUUGAUCGCAACAGCAAGACCCGCUGCUUUUAUCACGACGAUGGCGAGAGAGGUUGCGAGAUUUAAUACGAUGCAGCAGAACGCACAGACACUCAAUGUUAAUUUGGGCGCUAGUGUUCUAGCUCGAGCGAAACCGGAAAUAUUGAAGCUGGUGGAGGAGCUCAUAGAAAAAAUGCAGAGUGAAAUGAGUGAUCUUCUGGUUGAGGUUAUGGAUAUCAUUCUUCACUGCCUCGAUCCAGGCCAUCUGAAAGCCAAACCACUGAACGAGGUCUUCCCAGCAAUUUGUAGAUUUAACCAGGUUAGCCACUGUCCUGCGACUCGGAGAAUUGCAGUCGGUGGCCGAGGAGGUCAACUGGCUCUUUAUGAAUUACGCGGAAACGUGAAAUGUCAAACUGUGUCUGCUCAUCAAGCACCAGUCACGGCUUUGGCAUUUUCACCGGAAGGAAAAUUCCUUGUUAGUUACUCCUGCUCUGAAAAUAAACUUUGCUUCUGGCAGCAAACCAGCAGCGGCAUGUUUGGUCUUGGGAAUUCCCAAACACGUUGUGUAAAAUCAUACAGUACCGCGCCAAUUAAUGACGUGACAAGAUUAAAUCCAAUGCGAUUGGCACGUCUUAUUUGGAUCAACAAUCGCACUGUCACAUUAAUGCUGGCCGAUGGAUCGGAAACUCGCUUCAAUGUUUAAAUUUCCGCUAGAAAAAAAUCAAGAAAAAAAAAAUAAAUAAAUAAAUAAUAAUGUCUUCAAUUUAGGUCGAUUUCACACAUUUCAGAGAAUGCUGUCAUGAUUUACAACAUGCAGGAUAUAUUAGGCUAAUUUUAAAGUACAAAAGUGCAUUGGUUUGUGAGAAAAUUUCUGUACGUAACAUUGAUGAUUUCUUGUUUCUAGUUCCUCUGAUUUUAAAGUCAUUUCUAGUUUAUGGUUUUUUUAGGUCAAGGAAAGCACCAAUUUUGAAUAGCCGCAGGCAGAAUUUUUGUUCUCUAGAUUCUUUGCAAUAAGUAGUCUGCUUUUCCAAUCUAUUUGUAGAAUUUUAUAGUUUUUUUUUCAUAUGUGUAGGAUAUAAUUUAAAAACAAACUGUCCCAGUGGGCACAAAACGAUAAACAUCCCAAGAAUGUUAUUCGGGCCGUUCCUUAGAUGUCCUAUGUCGACACAUAUGGCGCCCUAUGUCAACACGAAUGUCAUCCUAUGUCGGCACAUGUCGUCCUAUGUCGGCACACAUGACGUCCUAUAUCGGAACAUAUUGCGUCCUAUGUCGGUACAUGGGACGUCCUAUAACAACGCAUAGGAUGUCCUAUUUCGGCACAUAUGGCGUCCUAUAACACCAUAUAUGGCAGACUAUGUCAACACAUAUGGCGGCCUGUGUCGACACAUGUCGUCCUAUGUCGGCACACAUGACGUCCUUUAUCGGAACAUAUUGCGUCCUAUGUCGGUACAUGGGACGUCCUAUAUCAACGCAUAGGACGUCCUAUUUCGGCACAUAUGGCGUCCUAUAACACCAUAUAUGGCAGUCUAUGUCAACACAUAUGGCGCCCUGUGUCGACACAUGUCGUCCUAUGUCGGCACAUAUGACGUCCUAUAACAACACAUGUCCUCCUAUGUCGGCACACAUGACGUCCUAUAUCGGAACAUAUUGCGUCCUAUGUCGGUACAUGGGACGUCCUAUAACAACGCAUAGGAUGUCCUAUUUCGGCACAUAUGGCGUCCUAUAACACCAUAUAUGGCAGUCUAUGCCAAUACAUAUGGCGGCCUGUGUCGACACAUGUCGUCCUAUGUCGGCACAUAUGACGUCCUAUAACAACACAAGUCGUCCUAUGUCGGCACACAUGACGUCCUAUAUCGGAACAUAUUGCGUCCUAUGUCGGUACAUGGGACGUCCUAUGUCGACACAUGUCCUAUUUCGGCACAUAAGUCAUCCUAUAACACCACAUAUGGCAGUCUAUAUCAACACAUGGCGUCCUGUGUCGAUACAUACCAUCCUACAGCAGCACAUAGGAUGUCCUACGUCAACACAUAUGUCGUCCUAUGCCGGAACAUGGGACGUCCUAUAACAGCACA